UGCUGGCUGAUACCCAAACAGGAUGAGCCAGAGAUGUCAUGGCUUUGGCUCCUACUUCCCGGCAGAUGACAGGUGGUGCAGUGCCGGCUAAACAGUAUAAUUUCUCCAGUGGUGUGGGGCAUAGACAUGCUGUGAUAAUGUGCCAUGUCUCAUGAAGAACCACAUCCAUUGUUUUAAUGUGGUGAGAUGUGUUCCACAUUGGGCAUGCGUACUCAGUAGCAGAGUAGCUGAAUAGGAGGAGAGAUGAGUGGCUUGCUUGGCGCCUGCGCAGAAGGAAGGAGGAGCUCCGUCUACUGCGCCUGCGCAAGAGCGGCUCUGCUUUGUUGCCGGAAGUGGGCGCGAUGCAGGGCCUAGCUGAGGCGGUGGCGGCGCGGUGCCUGGAGCACUAUGAGGCGCGGCUGCCCAGGCGAGGGAAGCCCCAGGCCGGGCGCGAGUGGACGCUUCUGGCCGCCGUCCUGAAGGCCGAGGAGGAGGAGGAGCUGGAGGUGGUGGCGGCCGGCAGCGGGACCAAGUGCCUCGGCAGCCAGGAGAUGCGUCGGGAGGGCGACGUCCUCAACGACAGCCACGCGGAAGUGGUGGCCAAGCGCAGCUUCCAGAGGUACCUUUUGGACCAGCUUUGGAAGGCGGUAGUGUGCCAGGACAGCCACAGCAUCUUCGUUCCAGAGGAAGAGGGCAAGUGGGCCUUGCGGUCCGGGAUCCGCUUCAUCUUCUUCUGCAGCCAGACGCCUUGUGGAGACGCCUCCAUCAUCCCUGUUCUGGAGGCAGCAGCGCCCCUGAAGCCCCCUGCUCAAAGCAAUGGCGUUGAGGAGGAGGCUGGAGGAGAGUCAGGGACUGUUUCCCCUCCCAAGAGGCCCAGAUUAGAGGACAGAAGUUCCGUCAGAGGGGUCCAGACGGUGGACGUGCACCGGACAGGGGCCAAGUGCGUCCCAAAGGGGCCCUCCGACCCUCUGCUCCCUGGUUGCGACUACCACAUAACGGGGCUCCUGCGGACCAAGCCUGGGCGUGGGCCCCGCACGGCUUCCAUGUCCUGCAGCGACAAGAUGGCACGCUGGAAUGUCCUGGGCCUGCAGGGGGCCCUCCUGAUGCACUUCCUUCAGCGGCCUGUCUACCUGUCAGCCAUGGUGCUGGCCCGUUGCCCCUACAGCCCAGAGGCCAUGCGGAGGGCCAUCGUCAACCGGUGCAAACCUGUUCGGUGUUUGCCAGACGGCUUUGCAGUCCAAGACCCUGAAGUGGAGCAGUCUCAGUUGUGCUUUGUCCACAGCCGUGAAGCAGUGCAAGCCAAAAGUCCUCUAGGGAAGGUGGUCCCAUGUGGAGCAGCCAUCAGUUGGAGCGCCGUCUCUGAGCACCCGCUGGAUGUCACAGCCCGUGGCUUCACUCAAGGGACUACCAAAAAAGGGAUCGGAGCCCCCAAGUCCAGGUCUCGCAUCUGCAAGGUGGAGUUGUUCCACGAGUUCCUGAGGCUGGUCUCCAGUGUCCCAGAGGAGCGUCUUCCACAGUCUCUCCGAGCCAAGGGGCUGCAGACCUACUGGGAUUACAAGGAAGCUGCAGUCAGUUACCAAGAGGCCUGGAAGGAGCUGCGGGACAAGGCCUUUGGCACCUGGGUGAGGAACAGCCGAGAUUACCUGCAGUUCACCUGAGAGCGGAGGCCGCCUGACCAUCCAACUGAAGUGCAUCCAGUUUUCUCAAGGCAAGAUGGACAAUUUUGAGGGCUGGAGGGGACUGUGACCCAGUGGGGAGAGGCUUUUAUUGGAACAGUGUUGCAUCUGCAAACAUCUCUUUCGGCUCCUCACACCUGGAAGAGAGAGCUGGCCCAAACCUGGAAAGUGGAGAGAGCGGAACAGAGGUGCAGCUUUGGUUCUCCUGCAUAUGGGGUGGUGCCUCUGCCUCUCCUGCUGUGUUAAGUCCCAGUGUGGGGAAAGUACAGUCCUGCCACGCCCAGGACAGCAACCAGGUCAAAGUGGCCGCUAGUGGGCCCUCACUAUGCGACGCCAGCCUCACUGGAAAAAUUGAUCCUAGUUGCCUCAGGUACAAGCGGAGUUGUAUUUGUAAUUCUGUUAACAGAUUAAAGUUUCAUUAGCAACAUCA